AUGCGCUGUAAAGAGGCGAGCAACAGUGUCUACGUCCAACAAGACACGUUCGCUAAUGUGGAAGAAGCGUAUCUUCACGCCGCAAGCAUGCUAGCGCAGGUCUUGGCCGAGUGUUCGUCAAAGGGCGAACCUACUGCAUCCACUUCGGCAGCGCCUCAGCCGCAAUUGCCAAAAAUUGCGUUGCCGACCUUCUCGGGAGACCCCUUGCAAUGGGAGAGCUUUCGAGAUCUAUUCAAGAGUCUGGUUCACGACGUGCCCCAGCUCUCGGACGUGAGGAAGCUGCUAUAUUUAAAAUCUAGCCUCACUGGAGCAGCAGCCGAGGUUAUUAAAAAUACCCCAGUAACCGAUGCCGGGUAUCGCGGAGCCUGGGAAGAUUUGGACGCGCGUUACGGCAACUCACGUAUUCUGUCCUUCUCCCACCAUCGCAAUCUUCUGUCUUGCCCAUCCGCGAAACACCAAUCCUCCGCGGAAUUAAAGAGACUCUUGGAUACCUUCCGGCAAACAAUUCGAGCCUAUUCCACUCUGCGCAAGCCGGUUGAAGCCUGGGACGAAUGGUUUAUGUACUUGCUUAGUCAGAAGCUUGAUAAGGUGACGCACAUGGCAUGGGAAACAUCCCUUACCCAAAGCCGGGACAUUCCGAGUUUCCAACAACUAUCCCAAUUCCUAGAAAACCGAAUUCAAGCGUUAGAAGCCGCCCAGUUGACCGAUCCGUCUUUCGCGUCUACGGCGAAUAAGCAAUCGUUACCCCGGGCGCGAGAUGACAAGCCGCGAAAAAAUGAAUCCACUAUACUGACUUCUUCGGCUAAACCCGUGGCUUCUCGGAAGUGUCCCUUAUGCUCCGGAACGCACUCGCUUGGUUACUGCGCCAAGUUCAAAGCCCUGACAGCUCUACAACGUCGAGAUCGAGCCCAGCAGUUGAAAGCCUGCUUCAACUGCCUGAGUAUAGGUCACGCAACUUCCAAGUGCCCGUCGACUCACUCCUGUCUUGCGUGCAACCAGCGUCAUCACACGCUGCUACACGAUACCUUGGGAGACGAUUCAAAAAGGACGACGGUACGGGAAGUAACUCCAGCGUUUCAAACCGCUGGUCUGACGGAAGAUGCCAACGCAGCUGUUUCCAUGACGGUCACCGCGAGAUCCACAGCUCUGCUGGCCACUGCAAAGGUGCGAGUCGAAGGUCCGACUGGAGACUUCCUGGACCUCCGUGCACUUCUAGAUACCGGGUCAGAUAUAUCCAUCGUGAGUACCUGGGUGGUGCAAGCCUUGCGCCUCUCACGGCGACCGGUCCGGGUGGCCAUUUCUGGAAUCCAGGAAAAGGAGAGCGGUAUAUCGAGUUCGGAGGUAGACAUACUGGUACGGUCCAGAAUAGAUCCGGGCUUCAGUCUACCGGUGCGAGCCUUGGUCCUUCGUAAGCUCACUUCUUGCUUGCCAUCGCAGCCAGUAUCAUUAAAAUCCUGGCCACACUUGGCGGGGCUAACGCUGGCGGAUCCGGACUUCGGACUUCCCGCCCGCGUUGAUUUAAUUCUUGGCGCUGAUGUGUGUGGCGAGCUGUUACAGGACAGUUCGCGUCAUGGACCUCGCGGGACUCCGAUUGCCAAACAAACUCCCUUCGGCUGGGUAUUGAUGGGGCCUGUUCCAGAUGACUCCAGUCAAAAUAGCAUGACCGUCCGCAGCCUUCAUUGUCGUUCCGAAGAGACGACGAAUUCUAUUCUUCAACGUUUUUGGGAGUUGGAGGAGCUAAAUUAUCCGCCCCCCUUGAGUGAGGAAGAUGAACGCACUGAGCAGCAUUUUAAAGACACGCACGACCGGCUACCUUCCGGUCGGUACAGGGUCCGAUUGCCGUUCAAACUGGAUCCAGAAAAGAAUCUGAGUCAUUCUCGGGCAACCGUACUCCGACUGCUGUUAAAUUGCGAGCGGCGUGUUGCCAACAAUCCCGCUUUAGCCUCAAAGUAUGAGCAAUUUAUGGAGGAGUACCUCUCGUUAAAGCACAUGGAGCCGGCGAAGCAAUCGGAGACUCGUAAGUCAUACUACCUCCCGCAUCACGCGGUGACAAAGAAGCACGAUCCCUCUGGAAAGCUUCGGGUCGUCUUCAACGCUUCUUUUCCUACUGCGACGAGGUAUUCGUUGAACGACUGCUUAGCGGCCGGUCCUAAACUGCAGUCGGAUUUAUGGAUGGUCCUAACCAGAUGGAGGCUUUAUAAGGUGGUAUUCACUACCGAUAUAGUAAAGAUGUUUCGGCAGAUUCAGGUACAUCCUGAGGACACGGAUUGGCAGCGAAUCCUUUGGCGCAUUCGCCCGGACGAUCCAGUCCAAGAUUACCGACUGACCACCGUCACAUACGGCACAGCUUGUGCGCCAUUUUUAGCCCUCCGAGUACUUCGUCAGCUGGCUGAAGAUGAGAGAGAGCGUUAUCCUGCUGGGGCGAAUAUUAUAGAGAGCCACUCUUACGUGGACGACAUCCUCGCAGGCGCCGAAGAUGAAAACCAGGCUCGAUCGCUGAGAGAGGAAGUAAUUUCCAUCUUCAGGGCCGGAGCUUUUGAGCUCAGCAAAUGGGCCUCGAAUAUGCCGGAGUUAAAGGAACAGGACUCGGAUUCUCGUCUGUUUCAGGACGUUGCUGGAGUUAGCACCCUGGGAGUUCUAUGGACCCCGGAAAGAGACACCUUCUCUCUGCGGGUGCUUCCUGCAGUGUCAAAACAACCCGGGUAUACCAAACGCAAAAUUCUUGCUGAAAUUGCAAGUUUCUUCGACCCGCUAGGUUGGGCUGCACCGGUCUUGAUCUAUGCCAAGAUAUUGAUGCAAGACCUCUGGAUUCUGGGAGUCGAGUGGGAUCAAGAACUCCCCGAAGAGGUGCGCUUACAAUGGUGUCGAUUCCGGACUUCCUUGGACCAGCUCGACGCUUUGUCCAUUCCCCGUUGGACAAAUUAUUCGAAGAGUGCGCGGAGCGUAGAACUUCAUGGCUUUUGUGAUGCUUCACAAAGAGCUUAUUCCGCCGCGGUGUAUAUGAGAGUGGCAUAUGCGGAAGAUACCUCUACCGUUUUACUUGUCGCCAAAACCAAGGUCGCUCCGGUCAAGGCGGUCAGUGUACCCAGACUGGAGUUGUGUGGAGCGGUACUCCUUGCCAAACUUCUCGUGACCGUGAAGAAUGGACUCGACGUUACCACGACAAUCACAGCGUGGACAGACUCGAGUGUGGCACUCUGCUGGAUCAAAGGGCAUGCUUCGUUGUGGAAGCCGUUUGUGGCUCACAGAGUAGCCACCAUACAGGGCCACAUCCCAUCUAAUUGCUGGAGACAUGUGGGGACAGCUAGUAAUCCCGCAGAUUUGGCGACCCGAGGUAUCCAACCUUCCGAACUUUUGUCUUCGGAUCUAUGGUGGAAAGGACCACCUUGGUUACAGGCUUCGCCUGCUGCGUGGCCGGCUCCGAUGUUACAGGAUCCAAAAUCAGCGGAGUUGGAAAGGGGAACCGCCCAAGUACACGCGGCUCAAGUUAAAACGCAGCAUCAAACAGAUCCGCUUCUGAACCGAUUCUCCACCCUUUCCCGCCUCCUCUCAGUCAUUAGCUACUGUUUCAGGUUCAGUCGGCUAACCAAAGGGCAACCUGCGGAAACGGGUUUUUUGAGAGCUGCAGAGCGCGCCUCAGCUCUUCGAGCGGCGCUACGUAUCUCUCAAGCCACGACGUUUCCAGACGAGAUUGUCCAGCUUCAACGGACAGGGAAACUACGGCCGAAGUCACCGCUCGCCGCUUUGCAGCCUUUUCUGGAUGAUGGCGGACUAUUAAGAUUGGGAGGAAGGCUUUCCAACGCACCGCUUCCUUACAAUGAACAACACCCGAUCAUUGUAGCAAAAACCUGCCCUUUAGCUACGCUUUUGGUGAAGGAUGCUCAUCUGCGACUUCUCCACGGGGGUCCGCAGGAAACCAGAAGCCUCCUCGCCCAGAAAUUUUGGAUAUUACGGGGGAGAACGUUGGUGCGAGCUAUUAUCAAAGGAUGCGUGCGUUGUGCCCGGUUCAGUGGAAAGCCUGCCAGUCAACUGAUGGGUCAGUUGCCAGCAGCGCGUGUGACUCCCCAGCGAGCGUUCCUCUCCACCGGAGUGGAUUAUGCUGGGCCUAUCCUGCUUCGAACAUCCGCAGGACGGGGCCACAAAGCAUACAAGGGCUAUAUCUCGCUCUUCAUUUGCCUAGCUACAAGGGCAAUCCAUCUCGAGGUCGUGUCGGAUAUGUCAGCCUCGUCAUUCUUAGCAGCCUUUCGUCGAUUCGUUAGCCGUCGAGGUCGUUGCACAACCCUGCUGAGCGACAACGGCACGGUGUUCCAUGGGGCCGACAGGGAACUGCGAAACCUCUUCAACGGAGCUUCGGAUUUCUAUGGCGAAGCGGCAGCCGCUCUUGCAGCCGAUGGGACGGAUUGGAGCUUCAUCCCGCCACAUGCGCCUCACUUUGGCGGUCUAUGGGAGGCAGGGGUUAAAACCGUAAAAUAUCACUUGAGGAGAGUCAUCGGCGAUUCCAAACUCACUUUUGAAGAAAUGUCGACCCUCCUUUGCCAAAUCGAAGCUUGUGUUAACUCACGACCGCUGCACGCGCUUUCGGAUGACCCAUCCGAUCUGUCGGCACUCACACCCGGUCACUUUCUAAUUGGGGAGCCACCAUCCGUUGUUCCAGAACCCGAGGAGGAGCCGAACCGCUCGGCUUUGUUGUCCCGUUGGCGUCAAAUAACACAAAUGCGCUCCCAUUUUUGGCACCGCUGGAGGAGGGAGUAUAUUCAACACCUCCAACAAUUGACAAAAUGGCGCCAACAACGAGAAAAUCUGAAGGUCGGGAACCUUGUCCUCAUACGGGACGACAUAUUACCUCCGACAAAGUGGAAGAUGGGACGCGUCGCUGAGUUGCACACUGGGCAGGAUGGAUGCGUUCGAACGGUAACCGUCCGAACGGAGACGGGCUCGCUGUUACGGCCCAUCGUGAAGCUUUGCCUCCUACCAGUCGCUGACGAAAACGACAACUCGCGGUCUCCGCCGGGCUCACCGGUAACGUGA